UUGCCAGUUUUGAGGCUCCGGUCUUGCUAACUUCUUUGUUUCUUUGUUUGGUGUAGCUAAGAGACGGCCUGGAUUGAAGAGUAGGUACAAGGAACGCAUAGAGACUGCGAUCGGGUACGCUGAGACGAUUGAAAGCUGGGACGAGCUGGUUGACCCCCGGUCUCUUGCAUUUUACAAUCUCGGUCCUGACCCUUCUCCUUUCGUUCUUCAUCAGCUUGGUAUUGAAGGCAAAAAGAAGAUGACGACCAAGUUCAACAAGGACAUGUACGCGAAGAUGAGGUCGAAGAAGGACGAGCCCCUGUCCAAUCUAGGGAAGAAGAUCGUGCGCGUGACCGGGCAGGGCUCUACUCCUACUCCCCUUAGUACCAUUCCUCCCAUAGCCCUCGAGACGACGAGAACUUCCUCUCCAACUGCGUCCAUAGAGGAGAUCGUCACUCCAGGCUCAAAAAGGCAGCGCGUGGCUGGUAAAGGGAAGGAGAAGAAGAAGGCUGAUGUUUCCUCGUCAACAAUAUGGGAUGAUGAGAGGUUGGCUUUAGACAGGGCUCAUGAGGUUGUCACUCCAGCGGACCUAAGGGCUCUCUCAGACAUGUCUUUGAACGACGUUGCCUCCCGCCAUGUUCAUAAGCUCGUCCAGGUGUUGGGAGAGAGCCUCCACAUUACUGCUGAGUAUAUCACUCAAGAGGCCAAGGUGGCGUCUCUGACGACCCGAAUGGAGGCCCUGGAGAAAGAGAACUCCGACCUGAAGAAGAACCUGAUUACCUCCAUGGACGAGGUGACCUCUUUGAAGCAGAAGGUCAAGGUGCUAGAUGACGACCUCAGGGUUGAACGCCAGUUGACCCAAGAAAAGGAUGAGCAGCUUCUUUCAGCCAAGGAGAAGCUUGCAACUGUUGCCGCCAGGUCGGUGGAGGCUUUCCAGACUACUGACGAGUACAAUACUGUACUCUUCAGUUGGUAUUUCAAAGGUUUCGAGCUGCUCAGGAGGUACCUCGUCAAGCACCCUUCUGGGGUCAACAUGGAGAGUUUGGAUUUGGAGGAGGUAGAUAAGGAGAUGGCUUUGGACGAGGCUGCUCAGUCCUCUGCCCCAGAUGGUGAUGCUCCAGGUCCUGCCACCGAUGCCCCUGCCGCCAUGGACGCUUCUGCUGAUGCCUGACCCUGUUACUUAGAGAAAAAUUUUUGUUGUAUUUGGUAGAUGCCCUUCUUGUU